UAGUGUAUCACUCAGUAAGAAGGGAAGAGUAUUUGAAGAGGGGCGCAAUCUUUAGGCCUAUUAAAAUUAAUUAAAACUACCAACUGGAACCUAUUAAAAAAAGGAAUAAUUACAAUUUUAAGUAAAGUUAAAUAUUAAGAUCAGCCAUGUUUAAUUUGAUUGUACUGUUGGUUAUGCUAUUUGGCCCAGCACAGUGUUUCAAAGAUUAUCUUAAGAAUUCGGCUGUGCUGGGAGAAGUGGCGCGGGGCUACAAGGAGGGCGAUCUCAGCCAAUUGCGACCUUUGCUCAAGGCCGUGACCGGCAGGGAACCGGCAGCCUACAACAACUAUGGCUGUCACUGUGGACAAAGGGGUGGUCAAAACAUACCGGCUGUCGAUGGGGUUGACAGAUGCUGUAAGGAACAUGACGAGUGCUACGCCAACCUCCCAGAAUGCCAGAACCGCGAGGUGGAAUACUUCUAUCAGUGUCAAGCCAAUAAGAAAUGUCGCUGCAUUUCUUUCCUGAGAUCGUGCAAUGGCAAGGUUUGUAAAUGUGACCUUGAACUUGCCAAUUGCCUAUCUAGAGAGUUCUAUGACUACUACUACGUCAACUUCCAAAAGAAAUACUGCAAGAAGUUCUGAAGAGUUUAACCAACACGGUUGCUGUGGUCUAGAAGAUUAGAAAUUACCCGGUGAACAUUGAGUCAAAUUAAAAUAACGAGAAUUGUG